AUGAAAGCAUUAAAUUUUUUAUAGGAAAAAGCUGAGCAAGAAGGCACUGGUUUCAUUCCUUUUAAAGAUGAAAGAGACGAGCUUGGAAAUCUCAAGGGUUUGACAAAAAGAAGUUUUUCAAGAGCAAAUAAAAAAAAAAGCGAACAUAUUUUUGAUAGAACUACAUCAAAUACUUCCAAAACAUCUUCUAUAAACAAAAAAGUGAGAUUUCUUAAAGAGAUUUACUCAACUCAUGGAAAUUCUGAUUGGUGUAGCUUAACUAAUUUACGUAAGCUAGAUAAAAAAUUUUAAUUAAAUAUUGAAACAGAGAUCUAAGUUUAAAAACCACUCACAGGAUUAAACUAAAAGUUGUAAUUUAAUGAUGGAAUUGUAAGAAAGUUUACAACAAACAUUUGCAAUUCGCCAAGACUUGGAAAAAAAUAGAAAACAGAAAAUUAUAUUCCUCCUUUGGGAUAUUAUCAACCCUAAGAAAUCUUAAAAAGAUAACCCAUGCUCGUUUUUAUGGAUUAAUAAAUUUCAAAUAGCAAUAGAUUAUCCCAGCACAAAUUCAGUAGAACCGAAGCCUCCACAGCCUAACCUGGUAUUAGGCAAAAACUUUCACCCAAUAAAGGAUCGCCAGUUCCAUAAGAGAUUUUAGAGAAAGCUUUCAAAACAGAGAGAAUCAUUACUUAAUAAAAAUAUAAAUAUGUACCUUAAAUGAUAGAUGAAAAAAAUCUCGAAAAUUUAACAGCUAGAAUAAAUUGUAUCAGAUAGAAAAUCUUGCAUUAAAAAAUUAACAGUAUAUCGAAUCAAUGA